AUGGCCAGCACAGUAAGCUCCAGUACCAGCACUGCCAGCUCAGAACUGUCUUCACUGUCAGAGAACAUCAAUAAUGCUGCUGACAUCUCUGUUAUUGUCAUCUAUUUCGUGGUGGUGAUAGCUAUUGGAGUGUGGGCAAUGUUGAAGACAAACAGAAGCACUGUUGGAGGCUUCUUCUUGGCAGGUCGAGCUAUGACCUGGUGGCCGGUAAGUGGGUCAGAAGUUUCUGGAGAUAUACAUUGAUUGAAAAGGGCAGGGACAGGAGCCGGGACAGGGGCAGCAGCAGGCAGAUUUCUUUGGACUCCAUCGUUUCUCUUGUUGCUGGUUCUGGGGUGGUUCUUUGUCCCCAUCUACAUCAAGGCAGGGGUGAUGACCAUGCCAGAAUACCUCAGGAAGCGGUUUGGUGGGAAGAGGCUUCAGAUCUACCUAUCAGUCCUCUACCUCUUCAUCUGUGUGGCUUUGAGGAUCUCAUCAAACAUAUUUUCUGGAGCCAUAUUCAUAAAGCUGGCAUUCGGACUGGACCUUUACCUGUCGAUCUUCAUCCUUUUGGCUAUCACUGCUGUUUUCACAAUCACUGGGGGCUUGGCAUCCGUGAUUUACACAGAUACUAUCCAGGCCAUUAUCAUGUUGAUUGGAUCUUUCAUCCUCAUGGUGUUUGUUGUAUCAGUCAUUGUACAGCGCUGCUUAUGUGGCAAGAACAUGUCCCAUGUGAAGGCUGCCUGCAUAGUGUGUGGGUACCUGAAGCUGCUGCCCAUAUUUUUCAUGGUAAUGCCAGGGAUGAUCAGCCGCAUCCUGUACACAGCAGAUAUGGUGGCCUGUGUUGUGCCUUCUGAGUGUGUAAAGCAGUGUGGUGUUGACAUUGGUUGCACUAACUAUGCCUACCCAAUGAUGGUGCUGAAACUGAUGCCCAUGGGACUUCGAGGCCUGAUGCUGUCAGUCAUGUUGGCCUCUCUCAUGAGUUGCCUGACCUCCAUCUUCAACAGUGCCAGUGCCCUGUUCACCAUGGAUCUCUACACCAAGAUUCGGAAGAAGGCAUCUGGGAGAGAGCUCCUGAUUGCUGGACGGCUGUUUGUCACUGUAUUAAUUGUCACCAGCAUCUUGUGGGUCCCAAUAGUAGAAGUAUCUCAAGGUGGACAACUGAUCCACUAUACAGAAUCAAUUUCUAGCUACCUUGGGCCUCCUAUUGCAGCUGUCUUCCUGCUUGGCAUCUUCUGUAAAAGGGUCAAUGAACAAGGUGCAUUCUGGGGUCUGAUGGUUGGACUUGUGAUGGGCCUUAUCCGUAUGAUUGCAGAGUUUUCUUAUGGGACAGGGAGUUGCCUGGUCACCACUAACUGUCCCAAGAUCAUCUGUGGAGUGCACUAUCUAUAUUAUGCCAUCAUUCUCUUUUCCGUGUCUGUGUUGGCUACUCUGGGAGUUUCUUUGUUAACAAAACCCAUUCCUGAUGUACAUCUGUAUCGCCUGUGCUGGACUCUUCGGAACAGUGAGGAGGAAAGAAUCGAUUUAGAUGCAGAAGAUAAAAGGGAGGAAGGAGCUGAUAAUGAGACUGAAGAGGUUCUCCAGAUAUGGAAGGACACUACUUACGAGCCAGAAUCUGGAGAGGACAUUUUUGCUACAUCAUUCCUUGGUACAAAGUGA